AUGGUUGUAACCAGAAAGGGUAAUGUACGGCUGGAAGUGAACGGAAUCAUAAUGAUAAUCACAGGAGUGUUCUAUGCGCCAGACCUGAGGAACAAUUUAAGUGGUUCAAGGUCUCUGUCAUACACUCACCACUCCAAUUCCUAUCGCCAUAGUCAGAGAAGCAGAAGGGACCCAAGUCCUUCCCCCUAUCAUUCCACUACCCAUUCUAGGAGAAGCAGCCGUUCAAGUUCCCUCAGCCGCCAACGUAGAAGUAGGUCUUCCUCGUUAUCUCCUUUCCCCAUAUCGUUCAGUUCCAGUCCUAGUUGUGCAUCCACUGAUCGGAAUCAUUCCAUAGAGAAGCUUAAGAAAGAAGAAGAAGAGAAGAAAAGGCGUGAAGUAGAGUUGAAGAAAACUAAUUCAGAAGAAGAUGCAGCUAGGAGGAUGGAAAAACUAAUUCAGAAGAAGGUUGAAGAAAGGCUAAACUCUGAAGCGACUAAAUUAGAAAUACAGAGGAGAAUAGAGGAAGGUCGCACAAAGUUGUUUGAUGAUAUUGAUGUGCAGCUUGACAAAGAGAAAGAAGCCGCUUUAACUGCUACAAGACAAAAAGAAGAACAAGCACGAAAAGAGAGAGAAGAGCUAGAUAAAAUGCUGGAAGAGAAUAGAAGAAUGGUAGAAAAAGCACAACGACGAUUAGUUCUGGAGCUGCAGCGGAAGGAAGAAAAACAAUAUUGUGAGCUCGAGUUGAUUCAGAGACAAAAAGAGGAGGCAUCU